UCAUCUUUUUUUGUUGACAUCCUGUCCCUCACCAAAACCUGUCUUCCUCUCUUAUCUUUCAGGGUGCUGGCUGUCACGCUGAGAUGACCCCCCAGUGCUCCUCCGUCUGCCAUGGCCACCCUUAACUCACUUUCCACUGCUAGCAACACCUCUACUCCUGGGCAUAAUGCCCCGUCCCCGCCUCAGGACCCUUCCUCUGGCACAUCCUUCGAAUCUGCCACCAAAGAUCCCCCCACUGCUGCCACCGCUAACAGCAUGAGGCCCUCAGAGCCUGGGGGGCACCAGCUUGAGCCAGGCUGUGGUCUAGUCCCACCAAAGGAGACCAGGGAGCAUCCACUGGAGCCAGGCUGUGGCCUCGUCCCACCAAAGGAGCUUGGAGCAGAGGUGGAGGAGGAGGAAGAUAAAAUACAGGAGGAAGAAGCAGAGCCCCCUCCCCAAGACCUGAGUGCCCACUUGCUCUUCACUGAAGAUGGUGCCGCCUAUCUCUUGGCUGAACUGCCUCUCUCUGGCAACAGUGAGCUCCUGCUACCAAAGGGCUUCCCCUGGGGUGAGUCAGGGACUGAGGAAGAGUCCGGCCUGCCUCUCCGAGUCUGCCCGUCCUCCACUCACCUCACUGUCCUCCACAUCCAACACGGUUUUGACCGAAUUCAAGGCUUUAGCUCUUCUGACCAAAUUCUGCCCCGUAAUACCUCAGCGCCCCCUCUGGCCGCCUGCGAGGGAGGGGAUGGAGCCUUCCGGAGCUACCGGCCAGCCCCACUCCCACCCAGAGAUCCCAAAGAUGGCCCCAUAGGGAGUGGGGACGUAGACCCCAGGGAGCUCUUCUGGCUCUGCUUGCUGUGCCGCCUGGGGUUCGGUGGGCCCGAGGCUUUUGUGGCUCAUGCUCAGUCUCAUGGGGUGAAGCUGGCCGCAGCUCAGCACCAGAGCCUGCCAGGCUGCCCAGCUGUAAUACAAGAGGGGAAGGAGGGGUCCGCAGCGCUUGUCAGUUUUCUGGAACCAAAAAUAUCUCCUGGCCCCCUGCCCAUGGCACCCCUCAGCAAUGGAGCAGUGGGUGGAAUGGUGAAUGUAGCCCAGGAUGCGGACUGUCCCCCUGAGGUGGGAAACCAAGGCCCUCCGCUGCCCCUUGAGGAAGACAUGGCCCCCAGCCCACCUUCUCCACCCGCCACCCCAACUGCCUGGGAUCCCAACCCAACCCAAGCCAAAGAAUCGCCAGUGGCAGCGGGCCAGGCAGGGCCAGAUUGGUUCCCUGAGGGGCAAGAGGAGGAUGGGGGACUUUGCCCCCCUCUCAACCAAAGUUCACCCUCCCCCAAAGACGGGGGCGCUCUCCCGGCCCAGGCCGACUCACCCGAAGACCCCAACGACCCACCCCGGCCCUACCGGCUGGCCGACGACUACACCCCAGCCCCACCAGCCUUCCAGGGCCUCAGUCUCUCCAGCCACAUGUCCUUGCUGCACUCUCGAAACUCCUGCAAGACCCUCAAGUGUCCCAAGUGCAACUGGCACUAUAAGUACCAGCAGACCCUCGACGUUCACAUGCGGGAGAAACACCCAGAGAACAACAGUCACUGCAGCUACUGCAGCGCAGGAGGGGCGCACCCCAGGCUGGCGAGGGGCGAGAGCUACAACUGCGGCUACAAGCCCUAUCGCUGCGAGGUCUGCAACUACUCCACCACCACCAAGGGCAACCUCAGCAUCCACAUGCAGUCUGACAAGCACUUGGCCAACCUCCAGGGCUUUCAGGCCGGGCCGGGGGGGCAGGGGAGCCCCACCGAGGCGGCGCUUCCAGCCCCACCUGGGGAAAAGGAGCCCAAGGCCAAGUCCUCUUGGCAAUGCAAGGUGUGCAGCUACGAAACCAACAUCUCCAGGAACCUUCGGAUCCACAUGACCUCAGAGAAGCACAUGCAGAACGUUCUGCUGCUGCAUCAGGGGCUGCCUCUGGGGCUGCCUCCUGGGCUGGUGGGCCCGGGACCACCCCCGCCUCCUGGAGCGGCCUCUGCCAACCCACCUGAGCUGUUCCCAUACUACGGGCCACAGGGCCUGGGCCAGCCGUCGGCCCCCUUGCCUGGCCCGGGGCUGAGGCCUGACAAGCCCUUGGAGGCCCAGCUGCUCCUCAAUGGCUUCCAUCACCUGGGUCCCCCCACCCGGAAAUUCCCCACUCCUGCCCCCGGCAGCCUCUCCCCGGAACCCCGCCUACCCCCAAACCAGCUUUUGGGGCCCGCUAUGGACGGCCCACCCACCUCACCCCCGCCAGAUGACGACCCUUCGCUGAAAGUGUUCCGUUGCCUAGUGUGCCAGGCUUUCAGCACGGACAGCCUGGAGCUGCUGCUGUACCACUGCACCCUGGGCCGGAGCCUCCCCGAAGCCGAGUGGAAGGAGGUGGCCGGAGAUACCCAUCGCUGCAAGCUCUGCUGCUACGGCACUCAGCUCAAGGCCAACUUCCAGCUGCACCUCAAGACGGACAAGCACGCCCAGAAGUACCAGCUGGUAGCUCACCUGAGGGAGGGCGGUGGGGCUGCCCCAGCCCCUGGGCCCGCUCUGGGGGAGGGCGCCCCUUAUGGGCCUGUCUCUCCCCUGCACUUGCGCUGUAACCUUUGCGACUUUGAGUCUAACAGCAAGGAGAAGAUGCAACUCCAUGCCCGGGGCGGCACUCACGAGGAGAACAGCCAAGUCUAUAAGUUCCUGAUGGAGAUGGAAGGGGCAGAGGCAGGGGUGGAAUUGGGACUUUACCGAUGUCUUCUGUGUGCGUGGGAGACACCUUCCCGACUGGCUCUGCUGCAACACCUGCGGGCACCUGCCCACCGAGAUGCCCAGGCCCAACGCCGACUGCAGCUGCUGCAGAGCGGACGAGUGGCUGAGGAAGGACUCUCGGCCCUUCAGAGUAUCCUGUGCUUCAGCCACGGCCAGCCCAGAACUCUUGGGAAAGUUCCUAUUACUGCCCACGUGGAGCCACCUACUGCAGAGAAAAACACUCAGAACAAGGCCCCUCCAUUGGCUUCUGAAGAGGCAGAGAAUAGAACUGGCCCUUCGGGGGACAAUACCAACCAGACUGUGGUGUACUGCUGUCCAUACUGCAACUUCAUCAGCCCUGCCACCGAGCAGGUACAGGCCCACACCAUAUCCCAGCAUGCUGUGCAGCCCAAGUACCGGUGCCCACUGUGCCAGGAGCAGCUGCUGGGACGUUCUGGUCUUCACUACCACCUUAGCCACUUGCAUAAUGUAGUACCUGAAUGUGUUGAAAAACUACUUCUGGUGGCCACGACUGUGGAGAUGACCUUUUUGACCAAAGUGUUGCCUGGGACCAGUCUCAGUCCCAUAGGGGAUAGCCCUGAACCCCCAGCUCCUGGAACUGAACCAGGAUCCAGUGGAGACUCAGCAGUGGAAGGACCCAACCCGAUCCCAGAAGUCAACCCAGACCCUCUACAGGAGCCUUUUCCGCCAACGGCUGAGGCCCCUGACAAGCCUUUGACCAGCCCCGAAAAGCCGCCUUCCCCUGCCCCUUCCCCACUCCCUCAGCCCGACCCCCAGACUGAAGAAGCACCCCCCUCAAUGGCCUCGGUGGAAGAGGAGGAGGGGCCGCCAGGGGAGCCUCGCCCAGCUGAGCCAUCCCCUGCCGAUGCUCGCCAUCCCCUGUCCUACCGUAAGACCACCAACUUCGCCCUGGACAAGUUCUUAGAUCCUGCCCGGCCCUACAAGUGCACGGUGUGUAAGGAAUCUUUCACCCAGAAGAACAUCCUGCUGGUACACUACAACUCCGUCUCCCAUCUGCACAAGAUGAAGAAGGCCGCCAUUGAUCCCUCGGCCCCGGCCAGAGGGGAGGGGGGGGCGCCCCCGAGUGCAGCGGCUGCCACAGACAAGCCCUUCAAGUGCACGGUGUGCCGCGUCUCCUACAACCAGAGCUCUACCCUGGAGAUCCACAUGCGCUCAGUUCUGCACCAGACUAGGUCCCGGGGGGCCAAGGCCGAUGCCAAGGCCGAGGGACCCGACAGGGGCCAGGAAGAGCCCAAAGAGGCUGAGCCCGACGGGCUGGGGGGCACAGAGAAGAAGACUUCUGAACCCAGCGGCUUGGUUUCGGGGCUGCCCUUCCUGUCCCCGCCGCCACCACCCUUGGACCUACAUCGCUUUCCGGCCCCUCUCUUCACCCCUCCCGUGUUGCCACCGUUCCCUCUCGUACCCGAAUCUUUGCUCAAGCUCCAGCAACAGCAGCUGCUCUUGCCCUUCUACUUGCAUGACCUCAAGGUGGGGCCCAAGUUGGCACUGGCAGGGCCCACCCCUGUGCUGUCGCUGCCGCCCCCCACUCCCCCACCCCCAGCCCCACCCCCCAAGGCCGAGCCGGCGGAGCGGGAAAGAGAGCGGCCCCCAGUGGUGGAAGAGAGAAGUGAGGUGGGGCCUUCUUCCCCGCCCUGCCAGCCUGCCAACGAGGCUGCCAGGACAGCGGCAAAGGCCCUCCUGGAGAACUUUGGCUUCGAGCUCGUGAUCCAGUACAAUGAGGGGAAGCAGCCGGUCCCGCCCCCUCCGGCCCCACCCCCGCCCGAGACCCUGGGGGGCGGGGACAAGCUGGCGUGUGGAGCCUGCGGGAAGCUCUUCUCCAACAUGCUUAUCCUCAAGACCCACGAGGAGCAUGUCCAUCGCCGCUUCCUGCCCUUCGAGGCCCUCAGCCGCUACGCCGCUCAGUUCCGGAAGAGCUAUGACAGUCUGUACCCGUCCCCGGCAGAGCCGCCCAAGCUUCCAGACGGUCCUGUGGACCCUUCUGCCCCCCCACUCUGCCCCCCCUUCCUGGGGCCCGAACCAGAGGCUGGGGGUAGCCAGCCCCCUGAGGAGCACCUGCGCCUGGGAGGACGCUGGGCCCAGGAGGAGGAAGACUGUGGGAAGGGCCCCAUUCCCCCACCGGCUCCUGUAGGCCGGCGCUUCUCCCGAACGAAAUUCACAGAGUUCCAGGCCCAGGCCCUGCAGUCCUUCUUUGAGACCAGCGCCUAUCCCAAAGACGGGGAGGUGGAGCGCCUGGCGGGCCUUUUGGGCCUGGCCAGUCGUGUGGUGGUGGUAUGGUUCCAGAAUGCCCGGCAGAAGGCCCGGAAACAUGCAGGGGAUGGGGGUCCAGUGACCGCCUUGGGAGCUGGGGGCGGAUCCUUGGCCUGUAGGCGCUGCCAUGCAGCCUUCUCUUGUAUCUUUGAGCUGGUGCGGCACCUCAAGAAAUGCUACGAUGAUCGGCCACCAGAAGAGGAAGAAGAGGUGGGGGAAGAAGAAGAAGAAGCAGCUGAGGAGGAGGAACCAGAGGAAGAACAGGGAGCUGAACCUCCAGCAGGCCCAGAGGCUCCAGCACCAGCGUCUCCGGAGGGAGAAGACCUGUGCCAGGCAGAAACCACCAGGUCGGUGGGAAGAGAGACAGAAGGGACAUCCCCAGGCUCCCCCUGCCUGGCCCACACCUGUGACCAGUGUGCUGCCUCCUUUACCAGCCAGGACCUCCUGAACAGCCACCGGAGACUCCACUUUGUGCCACCAGUGCCACCUGGCGCCCCUCCACACCUCUUGGACCUCCCCCUGCUAGUGUUCGGAGAUCGGGGCCCUCUGGUGCCGGGACCCCCGACGGGCUCAGGGCUUCCUCUGAAGCGCAAGCAUGAAGAGGGCAGCCUGUCGCCCACAGGCAGUGAGGCUGGAGGGCCUGGGGAUGGGGAGCCACCUCGAGACAAGCGUCUGCGAACCACCAUCCUGCCUGAACAGCUGGAAAUCUUGUACCGCUGGUACAUGCAGGACUCCAACCCAACCCGCAAGAUGCUGGACUGCAUCUCUGAGGAGGUGGGACUCAAGAAGCGGGUAGUGCAGGUCUGGUUCCAGAACACCCGAGCCAGGGAACGGAAGGGUCAGUUUCGAAGCACUCCUGGAAGUGUGUCCAGCCCGGCCAUCAAGACCCCCGCUCCUCCCACCCCUGUGCCCUUCACAAAAUUCGGCCUCCUGAUGGGCAAAGUGGAGGAUGGAGUAGGAAGGGAAGUCUCCAAGCGAGAAGCACUCGCCCUCCCUUCUGCAGCAGCCUCUCCCUCCACUGGCCCUGCGGCCUUUCUGCCAGCCUGCAAGGAGGCUGGUGCCCCCCUACCAGAUGCCACCCAAACACCCCCACUGCUUCCCCCACCUCUUGAGGAAGAGGUGCCAGACGAGCCUCUCAAGGCGUCUCCAGAGACCGAGGUCUGCAGCCCGUCGGGAGGGGACUUGAGCGACUCAUCAGCUUCUAGUCUGGCAGAGCCAGAGUCACCUGGCACUGGAGGAGGGGGUGGGGGUGGGGCCGGAAGCGGGGCCGGGACCCCCGAUGGGCUAGGGCAACGGCGCUACCGGACCCAGAUGAGCAGCCUGCAGCUGAAGAUCAUGAAGGCCUGUUACGAGGCCUACCGCACUCCAACCAUGCAGGAGUGCGAAGUACUCGGAGAAGAGAUCGGGCUUCCAAAGAGAGUCAUCCAGGUGUGGUUCCAGAAUGCCCGUGCCAAGGAAAAGAAGGCCAAACUGCAGGGGGCGGGAGGAGGCGGGGGAGGCAGCGGCAGCGAAGGCCCCGUGGGAGCUCCCCGAACCGACUGCCCCUACUGCGAUGUCAAGUAUGACUUCUACGUCUCCUGCCGAGGCCAUCUGUUCUCCCGUCAGCAUCUGGCCAAGCUUAAGGAGGCUGUGCGUGCCCAGCUCAAGAGCGAAAGCAAGUGCUACGACCUGGCCCCUGCCCCCGAGGCUCCUCUGGUCCCCAAGGCCCCUGCGCCCACCACGGCUGCCACGCUGCCUCUGGGGGCAGCCAACACCCUGCCUCGCCUGGCCCCCGUACUCCUGUCUGGGUCUGCUCUGGCUCAGCCCCCGCUGAGCAGCCUCGCCCCCUUCAGUUCAGGCCCUGCAGCCUCCUCGGGCCUCAUUAGCCUUGCCGCUGCCGCCUCCGUUUUGCCGGCCGCUACGGUCGUCCAGCCCAGCCCAGCUCGCCCCUUACCUCAGAGACCAGACCAAACCAACUCGGCCGCAGCAGACCCUGCCCCAGGACCUCCCGUUGAACCUUCAGGGGACGAGGUCCCUGAUGAGCGUAAGUGUGCUGCUGCUGGGGUCACCACCUCCUCUACUGAUGCCCUCAAGAACCUCAAGGCACUGAAGGCCACAGUGCCCACCUUGCUGGGGGGCCAGUUUCUGCCCUUCCCCCUGCCGACAGCAGGGGGGGCUGCCCCCCCAGCUGUCUUUGGUCCCCAGCUCCAAGGGGCCUACUUCCAGCAGCUCUAUGGUAUGAAAAAGGGACUGUUCCCCAUGAACCCUGUGAUACCUCAGACCCUCAUCGGGCUGCUUCCCAACACCCUCCUCCAGCCACCACCCCAGCCCCCCGAGCCCGCGGCCACAACUCCCCUGAAGCCUCCAGAGUUGCACCUCCCGGGUGAGGGUGAGCCCGGGGAAGCAGAUGAAUUGUUAGCGGGUACCACUGGCAUUUCCACCGUGGAUGUGACCCACCGCUACCUGUGCCGCCAGUGCAAGAUGGCGUUUGAGGGGGAGGCACCUGCUGCUGCCCACCAGAGGUCCUUCUGCUUCUUUGGCAGGGGCCCCGGGGCCGCUGUGCCACCCCCUCUCCGCAUCCCCAUCUGUACCUACCACUGCCUGGCGUGUGAGGUGCUGCUGAGUGGGCGGGAGGCCCUGGCAGCACAUCUGCGCUCCUCAGCGCACCGGCGCAAGGCGGCCCCUCCGACCCCCCCAGGAGGCCAGCCAGUCCCCAACGCCACGGCUUUUGCCAAAGAGGAAGCAAGAUUACCUCACACGGACUCCAACCCAAAAACUACUUCUACCUCUACACUUCUAGCUUUAUAAACAGAGAAACCAAGAUAGGGGAAGAGAGAAGGGCGCUUCGGCUCUUCCUGGUGGGAGCUCAAACCCCCCACCCGUACCCCAUGGCUCUGCCCACCCUGGGGGAGUCUCCAGACUUCGACCCUCAGUGGGCUCACACACCCCACCUCCAGCAGUGUCCUGCCUCCUCCCCUGACACAGACACAUAACCUGGCUCCUAGCCUCCCUGCAGACAUACCCCUUUCUGCCCCCCAUUCUGACAUGUACACUCCCACAGCCUGCCUCCCCACAUAUAGACAUACACACCUUCCUUCCUCAUGUCCUGCCUUCCCCAGCAUUCUCAUGGUCUCCAAGGCCUCCUGCCUCUUCCCCACUAUGUCCCCAGCCACAUACGCCUGUCCAACUCAAGUCCUCCCAUACUGUGCUACUGACUGAGAAACGCCAAAAAGAAGAGAGAAAAAAAAAAAAAAAAGAAAGAAAACCCAAGAGGACGAAGGGGGAAGGAAAAAAAUAUAUAUAUAUACCACUCUCCUUUCCCCUCUCCCACCUCCUUCAUCCAGAGCGCAACACCGCUCACAACUCCGAGCUCCCAGCUGGCCAGCCCCCUUCACUGGGGCCCAGGAUGGGUAGGGAGCCUUGGAACUCUAACCAAACAAGAGGUGGGGCAGGGAGAGGGGUCCCCUACUCCCCCAUCUCCCCUCCUUCUCCAGCAGGGGAACCUAGCUAGCCUGGACUCUUGAGGAAGCCGCUGCCAGGAACUCCUGUGCCCCUCUCCUUCCUACACCCCAGAACUGCAGUAACUUAUUCUCAAAGGCUUUAAACACAGAGAUCCUCUCAGCAGCCGUGGGCCAGCCCCUGGUCCCAGGCCUGCCACCAUUGGGCCCAGUCUCUGGGACCUGGUGCCGCCCACCAACGGCAAAUCCAAAGUUCUUUAAAAAACUGAGACACACACACAACCAAAAAAGAGAGAGCAAGAGAGUGCGUACGCACGAGAGAGA